CAAUGUAACAAUAUUGUAAAUAUUAUCUCUUCCUCAUUUAAAUACGUUUUUUUAUUCAAAUACAUACUCAUUCUCAUUUUUAUUGACAUGUCUACAUUUUUGUGUUUAUGCCUCGGCGAUUUCGAUAUCUCAAAAAAAAAUAAAGUUUUUUGUACAAGUUAUCUGCGUCUUAACACUAAAUUUGUCAAGUUUUCUUUUUGUUACCAUUGAUCUUUGAAAUUAUGAAGUUCUAACGUACCAAUUUUUUAUUUUGUAAAAAUUGUGUUGUCAUAAGAAUCUGAAUGUUUUGAUUAUUAUCAGUUUAAAAAAUAUGUUUUCAUUAUAAGUAGUAUCAAAAUGUAUGUGGAAGUAAUUUCUGAUCUACUUGAUUUAUUUAAUAAGCUUUUGAAUGUUAUGACUGAAGUUGGAGUUUUAGAAUCUUUUACAUUUAUGCAUUCUGCCAUAAAUCUCAACUCGCAACAUGAACAAUUUCUUAAUAGAAUACAAUCAUCAAUUGAUGAAUUAAAGAAAUGGUUACGAAAUGUAUGCACAGAAUGGAAAGCUGAAGAUUUAGCAUCUCUUGGCAAUGUGAUAGAGCCACCAAUGACUCCUAACAAUAUAGAUCUAAACAUUAAUGGCCCUGACUAUAUAACACCGUUAAUAAAAGAAAAGAUUGACUCUGUGUUAGGUUUUCGAAACCCAGUUAGUCCGAUUCUAUGGAGUGUUGGACUGAGACCAAUUCAAGACUGCAAUUCUAAGGACGGAUUUGAAAUAGAUGAUAAUCAACGGCUACCUACAGAUUUUGUUGCACCAUCGUUUGGUGAUUAUGGAAGUCCCUCAUCAGAACCUUGGAAUGUUUUUCAAGUAUCCAGUUAUGAUUUGGAUCAAACAAACAUUGAUGAAAAAGGUCCUCAAACUCCUAAUAUUAAAUUUUAUAGAAAAGAAGAAAAUGACACAAUACAAGAUGUGAGUUCAAAUUCAGCAUGUUUUCCAAAUGAGAUUAUUCAAGAUGUAAGUGUAUUUUCAUGUCAAAAGUGUAAAAAUGAAUUUAAAACAUUUGAAGAACUAGAAGAACAUUUAAAAGAACACCAACUGAAGUCAAAAUCUACAAAUUUACAUUUAACAUGUGAUUAUUGUAAUAAAACAUUUUACCAAAAAAGUAAUCUACGUCUACAUAUGCUAAUCCAUGAGAAUGUCAAACCCUAUACGUGUCCAUACUGUAAUAAACAGUUUACUCAAAAAUCAACAAGAGAUAUACAUGUAACUAAACAUACAGGUGAUUACUCAUAUAUAUGUUAUGUCUGUGAUAAAAAAUAUCCAAGUAAAGGAAAGUUAGAAUUCCAUAUGAAGACUCAUCAAGAAGCACAAUAUGAAUGUUCAGUUUGUAGUAAACGAUUUUCGACUCAGCAGUAUUUAAAUUAUCAUUUGAAAGUACAUCCUGAUCAGAAUACAUUAGGAUUCAAUUGUGAUAUAUGUCAUUCAGUAUUUAAAAAAAGAAGAUCACUCCUUGCACAUAGAAAACAAGAACAUCCAUUUUGUAUGUUUAAAUGUCCUACACUUGAAUGUGAUAAGGAAUUUACAACAAUUCAAUUAUUAAAUAGACAUUAUAAAAGGCUGCAUGAAAUAAAAGAAAAAAGUGUGAUAUGUACAGAAUGUGGAAAAUCAUUUAGUUUUCCUAAUUAUUUACAAAAACACAUUGCUAGAGUCCAUGGGCCUAAACGUUUACUAAAGUUUAAAUGUCGUCGGUGUCCCCUACGUUUUGAUAGUGAUGUUAUGUUACACGCACACAUGGAAUCUCAUCCAAAGGAUGAAAAGAAGAAGGAAAGCAAACGUGUGAGUUGUCCACGUGAAUCUUGUAAUUUAACAUUUUACAACCGUGUUGGUCUUCGAUAUCACAUUGCAGAAAAACAUGAUAAUAUUUAUCGGUAUGAAUGUGAUGUAUGUCAAAAAAAGUUUGUUCGUAAAAAUCACUAUGAAUUGCAUACAGCUAUUCAUUUGAAACCUCAUUUUACGUGCAAUAUGUGCUGUAAAAAGUUCCGCAAAAAAAGUCGGUUAGCUGCUCAUUGGAAAAAAACCCAUCAGGAAGAAACAUUUGAUUUUGGCAUGCUUUUUAGUGUUGACACUUUACAAAAAUUAAAUUUAUAA